AUGAGUGCUGUUGAAACAUUGUUAGGAUGGACCUUGAUGGGUAAAAAACCGUAUGAAGAGAGUAGAUGUAGCGACACAGCGCUGGCAGUGACUACAAUGUUUGCUCAAGAAGCCGAGAUAUCUGAUUUUUGGCGUUUAGAUAUAAUAGGAAUCACUGAUCCAGCUCAAUCCAUAUCUGAAGAAGCUCAUCAGCAAGAAGUUUGUGAUUAUUUUCGUCAGACAACGAUUAUAAAUGAUGAUGGUCGAUAUGAAGAACGCUUACCCUGGAAAGACAAUUAUCCGCCCCUUCCUACUAAUAAAGAUUCAGCUUUUAAAAGGCUCCUAGUCACUACGAAGAAGUUGCAAAAUCAAAAUUCAUUUCAAGAAUAUGAUCAAGUUAUGGAGGAAUGGCGUAAAGAGGAAAUAGUACCAGACACAGAAUUAGGUAAGUGGGGUCAUUAUCUUUCCCAUAGACACGUCUUAAAAGAAAACAGUACUACAAGAUUGAGACCAGUGUUUGACGCGUCUGCGAAAGAGAAAAAUAGUUUAUCGCUAAAACAGUGCCCGGAAGUAGGCCCAAAUUUUAUUGAACUCAUUCCUACCAUGUUGUUACGUUUUAGAGAGAAGAAAAUUGGUGUUAUCUCAGAUAUCAGAAAAGCUUUUCCGCAGAUCAGUAUUGCAUCUAUGAAUAGAGAUGCUCUCAGAUUCUUUUGGUGGAAUAGAAAUAAGCCAGACACUUUAGCAGUUUAA